CGAAAAGCCACAAAUAACGCACAACGAACAACGUGCAGGGGCGGUGUUUCAUUGCGGUAACGACGUUCCACCCUUACACGUCAUAAAAACGGCCGAAGCCGUUGCCCACUCAAGGAAAAUGAUGCGACGAUCGUGUGAAAGAAGACCUGCUGAGUGCUGUCCUACCCAGCAGCCUUUAUCCUCACUCUACCCUCGUAUGAGCUCACGAGCAUGAUUGUUUCGUUCUUAGCAUUUAGAAUACACGAGGACCAAAAUUAGAAGGCAAUUUUGGUUCUUUCUUUCGAAGGAACAUUUCGUGAUUUCACCAAAUUCGUAUCGUUUUCUCAAGACCUAAUUGGAGGGCGACAAAUGACUUGACGGCAACUUUAGACAGAUUAGAGGUUUCCUACCGACCAAAUAAACCAAUUGGAUGAAAUAUUCCCAAUCGCUAUCCCAAAAAGCCACGACAACGGAGACAGAUUCGCAUUGAAAAGAAACCACCAUGGAUCACCUUUCCUUCUUUGUUCUGUUAACUCUUCCCCUUUCUUUCAUUCAUCCAAUCUUUCUUAUGAAACCCCAAAAUGGGUGUCACUACAAAAGCCCCACCUCAAAUUGGGUCUCCAUCAAAGUCCAUCGAUAUCAAGAAAAUCAAAAGGAAAGCUGGAGUGGACAAAAGAGCAUCCAUUAGUGAAGAGAAUAAGAUUGUGGAGGUGGUUUGCUACAUUAAAUCAAAUGCCGAAUGGUUAUGUGUUUAAUGAUUACAAAAGUUUGCCCAGAGUUUUGCUUUUUGAACCUGGUGGUUCUUCUGCUGAGGUCCUUCUCUAUGGUGGGAAAGUUGUCUCAUGGAAGAACAGUCAAGGUGAAGAAUUGCUUUUUAUGAGCAAAAAUACUGGUGGAAGAUUUCCUAAAGGAGGUAUUUCGCUUUGUUUUCCACAGGUAGCCAAUACAGGGAUUAUGAAGGAGAUUUGUUGGUCAAAGAAAAACGCAAAGUCAUUCGAUAACAUCCCCUUGCGUUUGACUCCUACAGGAAACCCAUCUUCAGUAGAUCUAACCUUAAAAACUACAGCAAAUGAUUCCAAUACAUGGCCACGUAGCUUUGAGUUGCGCCUUCGAGUUUCUUUGGGUCCAGACAAAAUGACGAUAAUUUCUUACAUUAAGAAUACCGACAAUGCAUCCCUUUCGUUCACAUUUGCGCUUCAAAAUUACUUAUCAGUAUCUGAUAUGAGUGAAGUGAGAGUUGAAGGAUUAGAAACACUUGAUUUUCAUGAUAAUCUGCAACAGGGAAAAAGAUUCACAGAGCAACCUGAUGCUAUCACUUUUGAUGGAGAGGUGGAUAGGGUUUAUACAAAAACACCAGGUAAUAUAGCAAUCAUAGAUCAUAACAAGAAGAGGACAAUUGUGAUACGUAAUGAAGGCCUCCCGGAUGCUGGUUUGUGGACCCCAUGGGACAAUGCAACAAAGGCAUCAGAAAUUGGUUUUGGAGAUAAGGAUUACCAAAACAUGUUGUCAGUGGAUUCGGGUGUUCUUGAGAAACCAAUCAUUUUAAAACCAUUGGAGGAAUGGAAAGGUGUAAGCAUACAUGAUACAUCAGGGUGUUUAUGCAAUUAAUUCUCAGAGUUUCAACCAUGAAGAAGUAGAUUUGUAGGUUUAUGGUUUUGUAUAAAUUUGUCAUGUGUUUCCCUAAGUUUCUAUUUAUGCUAAGUAUCUCUUUAUUGAUAAAUAAAUAAAUGGGGUAUUCAUAAAAAUGACCAUAUGAUUGAAAGAUUUUAUUUUACAGAAAGAACAAAUCGUUUUUUUUAAUAAUUGAAAAUAAC